AUGUCAUGACUCAUGAAUUCCAUGAAACAAGUCAUCAUCAACUCAUCUACCAACAAAACCUUUGGAUUGGGAAAUUCCUAAUCUUAAAGUGAGUGAGUGAGUGAGUGAGUGAGUGAGCUAAAAAUGGCAACUUUAUUCACUCUCAUCCCCUCAUCAAACUCUACCUUUCUCAACCCUUUCAAAACCACCCAACACUCCAAACUUCAUUUCGCAACCCCAUCUCCCACCUUCAAAAACCCGCUCUCAAUCAGAUGUUUCCGGCCACCGGAAACCGAUACACCACCGGAAAUCCAGAAAUUCUGGGGUUGGCUUUCCGACAAAGGAAUUAUCUCACCAAAAUGCCCUGUAAAACCAGGUAUUGUCCCAGAAGGAUUAGGACUAGUAGCCCAAAAAGAUUUAUCCAGAAACGAGGUCGUUUUGGAGGUGCCCCAGAAGUUUUGGAUAAACCCAGAUACAGUUGCAGCUUCAGAGAUUGGGUCAGUUUGUAAUGGUCUUAAGCCUUGGGUUUCUGUGGCUUUGUUUCUGAUGAGAGAGAAAAAAUUGGGGAAUUCUUCAUCUUGGAAACCUUACAUUGAUAUUUUGCCUGAUUCUACUAAUUCAACGAUUUAUUGGUCAGAAGAGGAACUCUCUGAGCUUCAAGGUAGUCAGUUGCUGAACACAACAUUGGGUGUGAAGGAGUUAGUAGCAAAUGAGUUUGCAAAACUGGAGGAAGAAGUACUAGUUCCCCACAAGCAACUAUUCCCUUUUGAUGUAACUCAAGAUGACUUCUUUUGGGCAUUUGGAAUGCUAAGAUCAAGAGCAUUUACUCGUCUUGAGGGCCAAAGUCUUGUUCUAAUCCCCUUGGCCGAUUUGGCUAACCACAGUCCUGAUAUAACAGCACCGAAGUAUGCUUGGGAAAUCAGAGGAGCUGGUCUAUUCUCUAGAGAACUUGUAUUUUCACUGAGGAAUCCAACCCCAGUUAAGGCUGGUGACCAGGUUCUGAUCCAAUACGAUUUGAACAAGAGCAAUGCGGAAUUAGCCUUAGAUUAUGGGUUGACGGAAUCCAGAUCAGAACGAAACGCAUACACCCUAACACUGGAAAUACCUGAAUCAGAUUCCUUUUACGGGGACAAGGUAGACAUAGCUGAGUCAAAUGGGAUGGGGGAAAGUGCCUACUUUGAUAUUGUUUUAGAACAGCCACUUCCUGCAAAUAUGCUACCAUAUUUAAGGCUUGUUGCACUUGGUGGAGAAGAUGCUUUUCUGUUGGAGUCUAUAUUCAGGAAUUCUAUAUGGGGACAUCUUGAUCUUCCUAUUAGCCCUGCCAAUGAGGAGCUCAUAUGCCAAGUGAUUCGUGAUGCUUGUACAUCUGCUCUUUCUGGUUACAGUAGUACCAUUGCAGAGGAUGAGAAGCUGUUAGCACAAGGUGAUAUAGAUCCGAGGCUUGAGAUUGCUAUAACUAUAAGGUUAGGGGAAAAGAAGGUGUUGCAACAGAUUGAUGAGGAAUUCAAAGAAAGAGAGAUGGAAUUGGGUGGUUACGAAUACUACCAAGAACGGAGGCUUAAGGAUCUUGGAUUGGCCGGUGCACAGGGAGAGAAACUCCCCUGGAUAGGAGAGGUCUAAUUAUUUAUAGAACACUUUUCUACUUGCUUUUCUUUACUUCACUUCACUUCACUUGAGAAAAUCAUUAUCCUGAAAUUGUAGAACAAUAGUGAUUGAUUUUGCUGUAAUGUUCACUUGAAAGUGGAAACUACAAUCAAAAUGCAAACUACUUCCUCCCUCCGCUCCUUAAUAACAAACCACAUUCAUACUUUCAA